GGGCGUCUGUGCUGAAAACAAUUCUGUUGACUGGGGAAAAUGGGGAGGAAGAAGGCCCUUCAGGCCAAAGUUGUUGCUGAGAGGACUGCUGUUGUAGAAGCAGAAAAAAAUGUCAGCGCGUCGAUCAAUCAUGCAGAGGAUGUGAGGCCGAGAGUUGAAGCUUCAAAAGCUCAACUCGAAACUUUGAAAGCUCAAUUAGAAAAAGAACAGCACGAGUUGGAGCACGCCAACCAGCAAGUGGUGCUGAAUAAGAUAGAGCUGCGUGUGAUGACUGGUCGGCGCGACGAGACAGAGGCAACAAUUUCGAAAGAAAAAGAGUUUUUCCCUAAUUUGUGGACAUAGAAUAGGUAUAGCUAUAGUUUUUUUUUUUUUUUUUAAUAAUAAAUGAUAUAUAUCUCUACAAGUUUGUUUUUGAAUAUUUCAAGACAAGAAAACCUUAAAUAAUCCCCAAUGAAAUAUUUGGAGAUAAGAAAUAAACAUAUGCAGC